AUGGAGACUCCUGGAGCCGCUUCGACCGACCAUCACACAAAAGUUGCAUUCAUUCUUGGAUUCCUGAUAACAUUGACGACUUUAAUGCUGACCUUCUUUGUUUUGCGAAUCUACGCCAGGUUGUCGAUUAUUGGCUACUUUGGAAUUGAAGACUGGCUUGUAGCUGGCGCGGUACUCGGUAUCUUAGUUGAAACCGUCGAUGGCUGUGUAUCUACAAAAUAUGGUGCGGGCUAUCACAUCCAGGACUUCAAGCCAGAAUGGGCAGUUCCAUACGCGAGAACCAGCUUCAUCUCAGGAGCUGUCUUCCCAAUAUGCGUCGCCUUUCCUAAGCUAUCCUUAUGCAUUACAUACCUCCGUAUCUUCCCCUCGAAGGGAAACCGAAAUUUCUGCUAUACCGCAAUCGUCUACCUUAUAUGUUGGUUGAUCAGCAUCACUCUCGUCACACUAUUCGCAUGCAGCGUCUGCAUCACGGCCGUAAUCCGCCUCAUCUACCUCGAGAAAGUCUUCACAGCGCCCGACUUCGCCUACAACGGCGCCAUCAUCUGGGUCACCACCUCCGUCGAGCUCAACAUCGGCAUCAUCUGCAGCUGCCUCCACACCGUGAAACCGCUGCUCAAAAAAUGGUUCCCGCGCACCUUCGGCUCCUCGAAUGACCGACACAUCUCCGACUACCCUAAUACCAAACCGAGAAGCUACGGUAUUAUCAGCGAUCGGUCGUUUCCGUUUAAGUCGUUGGGUGGUGAUGGGGGCAAAGACAUGGGGCUGGAAAGGCCGGAGGCGGUGGCGAAGAAUCCGUUUCAUAGUCGGACGAGGUCGAGCAGCUCGACAGUAACGAAUGUACCGAUGGUGCCUCUGAAGGAGGAGUAUAAGGGGAUUGGCGGGGCGAGGGUAGAAGCUUGGGCGGAGGGUGGGGAGGGAAGGGGAGCAGUUCCUUUGCAUGGGAUCACGUAUACGCAGAGCGUGACGGUGGAUAGUCGGUCGGUAGGUGGGCCAGGGGAUGUGGAUAUUGAACAGGCGAUUGGGAGGAGUGGCGAUGAGGAGGCGGUAGGGCUGCGGAAAGAGAUCAACGAUACGGAUAGCGAGGAGUGGAUUAUGAACGAUCAGGGGAGGCGAGACUAG